AUGGCGGCGCUCUGUAGAUGCAGACACCGGUGGAAGAGGAAUAACUGUUUACACGUUUUAACUAGAAACCUGACAGGGAAGUAUGACUACGACCUGGUGGUCAUUGGAGGCGGUUCAGGAGGGCUUGCCUGUUCCAAAGAAGCGGCACAGUUGGGACAGAAGGUUGCUGUUUUAGAUUAUGUGGAGCCAACUGCUAAAGGUACCAAGUGGGGUCUCGGUGGUACGUGUGUUAAUGUCGGCUGCAUUCCUAAGAAGCUCAUGCACCAGGCCGCUCUCCUCGGCACUGCGGUGAAGGAUGCUCAGAAGUACGGCUGGCAGAUCUCGGGGCCAAUCUGCCACGACUGGGCCUCCAUGGCAGACGCUGUUCAAAACCACGUGAGGUCUCUGAACUGGGGUCACAGAGUUCAGCUCCAGGACAAGUAG